UGUAGUAGGCAGCAGUGUUUACCAACAGACAGUUAGCUAAGAGCUAGCGAGGUUAGCUGAAUUGUGUAACGUUAUCAUUAUCCAACGUAGUUUUGCUUGAGGCUAUCGUAGUGAAUUGUCUGGCUUCGUCUCUCUUCGCGUAUGUGUAAUGAUAUUCAGCUUUUGGUUUGGUAGCAUGAUCGACCGGAGUUUUGAGAGAAUGGUGAGACACCCGUGUAGGAAACAUAAUGGAAGGACUGGGGAAGGAAAGGUCAAUAUGCAGCGCUAGGACCCUCUCAUGGCUCGAGCGACCAGAAAAUUUAAAAGUAACCUUAGCCCCCCCGUCCAAUUUUUGGAAACUCGCCGACUGCUUCUCUUCCUCAGAGUCAACUGGCCCUACUACUGGAAACCAGAAAGAUUACAUGGACAGUCAACCGCCUGUGUUGGAGCUGAAAGAUGUGCCCCCACCUCCGCGGCCUGCUGCCUCCCAGCCUUUCCCGCUCACCCCCCUCCCCAUGCCGCCCCCCUGCCUUCCCUCCCGAGGGCCCUUGCCCCCUCUGCUGCAGCCCGGCAGCCCCAAAGUAAGCAGCUCCUGCUCCUGUUCCCACUGCCAGACCAGCCUGCACCCCCAGACCGGCCUCGCCCUGUUGGGGAACCACCAGGUCCGUGGGUUCGGUGACGUGAGCGGUGGAGGUGUUAGCAUCACUGGUGGUGCAGGUGGUGGUUCUUCUGUUUACCUCUCCAAACCAUUAGGUGCUGCUUCUUCCUGGGCGGUCUCCUCUACCUCCACGUCCUCCUCUUCCUCAGUCCCUCACCACGUCUCUCUGUUCUCCGGGCCCGUCGGCCAGGUGCCGUCCUCCUCCUCCUCCUCCUCCUCCUCCCUCGCUCCGGUGGCCACCUCCCAGCCCACGGCCUCCCUCUCCCAGCUGCCCUGCUGCUCCGGGCUCCUGAGGCCCCUCCAUGCGCCCACCUGCCCCCAGCUCUCGCAGCAGGCCUACGGCCGGCCCAGAUACGGCCCGUGUCCGUCGGUGGCUGCGGUGGCGACGGUGGCCCCGUCGUCCGCUGAGUACUACCGCUACGGCGGAGAGCUGGGCUCCGGGGCAGUAGGGAAGCAGUCUCCGCAGCAGCAGCACCCCCUCCAUCUCCGUCACGGUGGCCUCUCCACCUCACCAGCACACGUCUGCUCGCACCCUUUGCACCACUGUGUCAAGCACACCGUUUGUCUGAAAGGGGCGCACUACUGCCAGGAUUGCCUGAGCAAGCCUGCUCCAGGUUUGGCCUCUGAGCCAGAUAAGCUCUGGCCCAACAUCCCCCCUCCACACGCCCAGUCGGCGCCCAUCCCCAUCCCCAUGUGCAACGGCUGUGGGGUGAGCGGAUCGGCCACCGACGGCCUGCUGCUGCUGGGCUCCAGCCUGGGCAAGACCAGCCAAAAAUACGGUUCACCAGACAGUGGCACCCAGGAGAGCCUGCCCCCGGUGGGUGUGUUCUGGGACAUAGAGAACUGCUCGGUGCCCACCGGGCGAUCAGCUGCCAGCGUGGUGCAGCGGCUCCGUGCCCGCUUCUUCCCCGGGCACCGCGAAGCCGAGUUCAUCUGCGUGUGCGACAUCAGCAAGGAGAACAAGGACGUCAUCCAGGAGCUAAACAACUGCCAGGUCACUGUGGCCCACAUCAACGCCACGGCCAAGAACGCUGCUGACGACAAGCUGCGCCAGAGCCUGAGACGCUUCGCCGACACGCACACAGCCCCCGCCACCGUGGUGCUGGUCUCCUCCGACGUGAACUUUGCCAGCGAACUGAGUGACCUCCGCCAUCGCCAUGGCUUCCAGGUCAUCCUGGUGCACAAGAACCAGGUGUCUGGCGCACUACUGCAGCACGCUCAUCGCCAUGUGGCCUUCGAGGAGUUCCUGACUGACCUGCCGCCCAGGAUGCCUCUGAAAACUCAGCCCGGUUUCAACCUUCUGUUUGUGCACAACCUGCCCACCAACCGCGACGGCAAGAGCGUGGCCAACAGGCUGCGGCGCCUGUCGGACAACUGCGGGGGCAAGGUGCUGGGCCUGUCGGGCGGCACGGCCGUCCUGCGCUUCAGCUCUCGGGAGGCGGCCGAGCGCGCCCGCAAGCGCAUGGAGAACGAGGACGUCUACGGCUGCCGCAUCCACGUCUCCUUCUCCCCCGAGGAGGAGGACGAUGAGGAGGAGGAGGAAGGGCAAGGCCUCGGAAGAGGAGGAGGAGGUAGGGGAAGAGGUAGAGCGGAGGAGGCGGCGGACGGGGACUCUGACCACGGGCUCAGACGUUUCCCGCUGCCCGCCGCCGCCGUCCCCUCGUCCUCCUCCUCCUCCUCGCUGCCGGCCUCGCUCUUCCUCCCGGUAGAGAAGCCGCGCUCCCCCCGCAGGCCUCGCCGCGCCAGUACCAGCGCCAGUGCCACCGGCGCCGCCCAUGUCCGCCCGUGCCAGCAGGCGGCUGGCAGACACCUGGUGCCCGAGCGGCCGUACAGCCCCAGGACAGGCGCUCCGCACGCCGCCAACAGGCCCUCUCAGGAGCUGAACCCUGCGGAGACCAAGCCCAGGAUGGGCUUCCUGUCCGAUAAAGGCCGCGCCUCCUCAGCGUCGCCCCACACCAAUGGAGACGCCACCCUUCAGAACCACCAGAGGGCUGGCCCGGCUGGAGACGCCCCUUACCGUGGCAGGAGGAGGGACUUCUCUGGGCCACGCAGCGCCACGGACUCCCCCGUGGACCACUUCCAGGUCAGCACGCCCUCGGCCUUCAGCAAGCUCAGCCUGCAGAGGAGCUUCAGCCCCAUGCUGCUCCCCCAGGGCUCCUGGUCGUCACGGAGUGGCUCUCCGUGCCUGUCCAACCGCUCGUCCCCCCUCAGCGCCCCCAGGAGCCCCGGCCCUGACGCCAGCGCCCCCACGGAGCCCUUCUCCGACGGCGCCGACAUCCAGGUGUCCAACCUGGACUACCGCAUGUCCCGCAAGGAGCUGCAGCAGAUCCUGCAGGACACGUUUGCCAAACACGGGAAGGUGAAGGGAGUAGAGCUGAGCCCCCACACGGACUACCAGCUGAAGGCCACCAUCCAGAUGCGCUCGCUGCAGCAGGCCAUCGGGGCCAUCGGAGCGCUGCACCGCUACAAGAUCGGCGGCAAGCGCAUCCAGGUGUCCCUCCUCACCGGUGCCAACAAUAAGUCCCUCGCGGUCUUUAGUUCUGAAAUUAUUAGUAUUCUUCAAGAUGCACCAGCCAGUUGCCUUCCGCUUUUCAAAUUCACCGAAAUCUACGAGAAAAAGUUUGGCCAUAAGCUGGUGGUGAGCGAGCUGUACCGUCUGCCGGAGGUGGUGGCGGUGCGGGAGCAGGGCGGCGGGCGGCUGGUGUGUCUGCUCCCCAGCGGCCAAUCCCGCCAGAGCCCGCUGGGCUCCUCGCAGUCCCACGACGGCUCCUCGGCCAGCGGCAGCCCCGUCGUCUUCGAGGAGCUGGAGUACCACGAGCCCGUCUGCAAGCGCCACUACAACAACAACUUCAGUGAGGCGGACUACGACCCGGAUUCCUACAAGAUCCCGUUUGUUGUGGUGGCUGUGAAGACGCUGGCUGCCCAGGUGCACAGCUUGCUUCAGUCGCACGAGGGCACCAUACCGCUGCUAAGUUUCCCAGAGUGCUAUGCAGCGGAGUUCAGCCCGCUGACGGUGGCGGAGGAAGGUGAGCUGGAGGACGGAGUCCCACUGGAGCACCUCAUCACCUGUGUUCCCGGGGUCACCGUCGUCACGGCGCAAAACGGGUUCAAGGUCGUCAAGUGGAUCCACAACAAGCCACCCCCACCCAAUGCUGGUAAAGACACUAGUCAAUACCCGUGGGUGCCGCGCUGUAAGAGCCCGGUGGGGAACCCUCAGCUGAUCCAGUUCAGCCGUGAGCUGGUGGACCUGCUGAAGGGCCAGCCCACCUGCCUCAUGCCCCUGAGCCGCUUCAUCCCCGCCUACCACCACCACUUCGCCAAGCAGUGCCGCGUCUCCGACUACGGCUACUCCAAACUGCUGGAGCUGCUGGAGGCCGUGCCUCAUGUGCUACAGAUUCUGGGCCUGGGUUCGAAGCGCCUGCUGACACUGACCCACCGCUCGCAGGUGAAGCGCUUCACUCAGGACCUGCUCAAGCUGCUCAAGUUCCAGGCCAGCAAGCAGGUGGUCAUCCGUGACUUCAUGCAGGCCUACCACUGGUGCUUCUCGAGAGACUGGCGUGUGAUUGACUACGGCAUGUGUGACCUCAUGGAUCUCCUCACAGAGAUCCCCGACACUACAAUCACCAUCACUCAGCAGGACGACGACAUGGUCAUCUCUGUGCCCAAGAGAGAGCGCACGGCCGAGGAGCAGGACCGCACCAGGCAGUUCGCCAAGGAGGUGGUGGACCUGCUGCGGCACCAGCCGCACGGCCGCAUGGCCUUCAGCAAGUUCAUCCCCACCUACCACCACCACUUCGGCCGCCAGUGCAAGCUCACCCACUACGGCUUCACCAAGCUCGUCGAGCUCUUCGAGGCCAUCCCCGACGUGCUGAUGGUGCUGGAGUGUGGUGAGGAGAAGGUGCUGUGCCUGACGGAGGUGGAGCGGGUGAAGGCGCUGGCGGCCCAGCUGGUGAAGCUGCUGCGUGCGCAGAGGGACGGCCGGCUGCCCGUGCAGCAGCUGCUGGCCGAGUACAGCAAGACCUUCGGCUACGGCCUCCGCCUGCAGGACUACGACGCCAACUCGCUGCCCGAGCUGCUCAACAAGCUCUGCCACGUGGUCAAGGCGGUGGACGGGCCGGAGGGCCGUGAGGUGCAGCUGAUCAACAGGAAGUCCCUGCGGGCGCUGACCUCCCAGCUGCUGGCGCUGCUGAUGGGGCUGGCCCCAGGGGUCAAAGGUGAGGGGGCGGAGCCCGCCUGGCCCACCGUGGAGCAGCUCCAGCAGCGCUACGAGGCCGCCCACGGCGUCCCGCUCAAGCCCUGCGAGUACGGCUUCCUGUCCCUCGGCGAGCUGCUCAAGAGCCUGCCCUUCCUGGUGGAGCUGUAUGAGGUUGAGGAGGAGGACGGCGAGGCGGAGCGUGUGGAGCGGGUGCGUCUGACGCGCCUCUACCAGUUCGCCCGCAGCGUGCGCGCGCUCCUGCACACCUACCACUACCACCAGAUCUUCCUGAGCGAGUUCCCCGCCGCCUUCAGCAAGUACACGGGCGUCAGCCUGCAGUGGCGCGCCUACGGCUACUCCACGCUGGACGAGCUGCUCGCCGCCAUCCCACAGGUCAUCUGGAUCAAAGGCCACGGACACAAGAAGAUACUGGUGCUGAAGAAUGAGAUGAAGGCACGGACGAGCUCGGGCGACAGCCCUGGGCCAGAGGGCGACAGACUCCGAGCAGACAGCCAAAGUCCCAGCAGUGCCAGAUCAGGGAGCCAGAGCCCCGGUGGCGACGCGGAGCUGCUGUGCCUGGGCUCUGGGUCCCCGGUGGACCUGCUGUGUGGGCCGGUCCCCUCCUGCCUGCCCUCCCCCCAGCUGCAGCCCGACCCCGUGGCCCCCCAGCACGCAGACCUCAUCCACUUCGAGGAGAGGGCCCACGCUGAACCAGAGACAGAGCCGGCCAGCUCAGAGGAACCUCCUCUGUCUUCAGCGUCCGCUCCAGAUGUCUGUGACGGCACAGGCCAGCCCCCGGACUCCGAUGGCCAGUAUGAUUGUGCCAACGUGCUGCCCUGUGCUGACGCCCGCGCUGGCACCACCACCCCCCCUCCGCCAGCAACGUCCGCCGCGCCACCAGAGCAGCCCCAACCGCCCAGCAUCGCCGUGCCAACCACGGACAGCCCCAGUAAGCGCACCACCCGCAACAAGGUCAAACUGGCAGCCAACUUCUCCUUCACACCCGUCUCUACGGCGUAACCCCCCCCUCCCCAAUCCCGCAACACCCUCGUCCCUGUCCAAACGGUAGCCCUUUAUUUCAUCUAGUUUUAUCCUGUGCCAUUCUUCCUUUUGCGUAGUGGUUUAUGCGUCUUCCAUCCGAAGUGGUCUUGGGCAUUCCGCCAUUGGCUCUCUUCAAUCGUGUCUGUAUCUGUGUGCCUCUGAAAACAGCAUUGUGGUAUGAGUGCUUUUUGUUUCCCCCCCUACAGAGUUGUUAAGAGUAGAAGACGAAAAGGAUGAGAGCUAUUCGUUCUAUGCUUGGAACUAUUUUCAAGGAAAUUUUGUCUUCUGAUAGACUUUGCAUGAGCUGUUUAAAAAGGGCAGACAUUCUGUCACGGUAGUUGGUUGAAACUGUACAGGGGUAUGCCACCCUGGAGCAUCAAAGGAAUUGAUUAUUUUGACUAAUUAAGUGUCUUCUUAAUUUUAUCAUCAAGUGUCAUUUAAAAAUCCUACAACCGAUGAGUCAUAACGUACUUGCAAUCUUUUUAAAGAACAAGCGUUUAUUUUUAGUAUUAUUGUUACGAUGACCCAUCAAGAUGAAAAGUAAGAUAUUGAUGCUGUAAGAGUGAUUUGUGAAUUACAUAUUUCCAUAUGUGUCGUCUCUCAAAUAGUAGUAACUUACCCUGCCAAAACGACAGCCUUUUUUUAUCGCACCUCGUACCUCUAACCAUGUUUUGCAGCUUGAAGAUGUGUUUAUUAAUGGAUCGAUGGGGCGGUGUGCACCCAUCUCUGCCACUCAUGAUUGUGGCCAUAUGGAGUAUAGGUCUGUGGUCUACAUAUAUGUUUAAUUUAAGAUCCUCAGUCAAGAGAGUGGGGAGAAAAAUCCAGAUAGUUUCAAUGAGAAAAGCAUUCAUUUUGUCCUUGAGGGCAUUCAUUCAUUAAUUCAGUCAUUCAUUUAAGUCUUGUGUAGUGCUUUUUGCAAAGAGAACGGUCGUUUGCAAGUUCUGUUGAGUUCCCUUGUUGAGUUGAGUUGAACACUUCUGAAGAAACGAAUGCAUUAGGUUGUGUUGAGGCAUCCGUUAUAACGGCUCGUAGUUUUAUGUGCAUGGACGGUCCUGAAGAUCUGGGUCCUCUUGGUGCCUGUCAGUGUAGCCGACUUCAUCUCUGGAACGUGCGGAGGAACAUCGCUCCUCUGUAUGAGGUGCCAAAGCCAUCACGGAAACGCUGAGGUGUCGGCCAUUUCCUCUUUUUAAUGAGGGCCGCGUCCAGACCCUGGAGGGGACUCUCUGUAAGGCGUAGGCUGCAGCAGUUAAAAUGGCGGCACACGCGUCCUCUGUUGGCUCUCUGUGGCCUUCGCUCCACUCUUCUCCCUGAAGUGUGUAAGAGUGUGGCUUACGCUAGGCUAGAUAGAGAAGACAUAUAGGUAUGCACAUCAGCGUGCAUAUAUACCGCUCAACUUGUUUGUGUUGGUAUCUGAAUAGUUGGUAAAGCUGCACUUGGGUAUGUAGUUAUUAUGGGUAUGUAGUUAAGUAUGUAGAUUUCCCCCCCCCCCACCAUUUUUGUAUGUGUUUUAUGGUUUGUUUGUUUGUUUUUGUUUGUUUGUUUAUUCCUUCCCCUCUUCUAUGUAGCACUGAUCCACAGAUGACUUAAACGGGAGUGCCAGUAGUCUCGUGCAACCGUUAUCUGGUGGAAAUGCCAAGGUUAAAGUCCUUGCAUCCUUAUUUGUGGUCUUAAUUCUUCUUUUCUCUUCUUUGUGUCUAAAGUUAUGGUGUUUUUAAAAGGCUUACAGUAGUUACCGCUAUCACUGUGCAUUCAUAUCCAGUCAAGCCUGUUUAUUUGGCCUUGGAUAUAAUGAGAAGCCUUGGUUGUCAUACACCCUUGUCGGCGUGGCGGGACGAAGCGAUUGGCUCGAGCGUAAAGACCGACGGGGCCCUCGAGGGCCCCGGACACUCGGUGGGACACACAGAGGCCCGCUGGGGAACUGUGGGGACGGCCUGGCUCUUACAAUGGCUUGUAUCAGCCAGGGCACCAUUGAGAGGAAUGAGCGCGCGAGCAAUCGGAGACCUUCGCCAGCGUCAGACAGUGUAGUCUGUCAUUUUGUUGCACUGCGUAUUAUUUGUCUUUUUUCUUUCUAGUUUUCUAGUUUUCUAUCUUUUUCUUCUAGUGUAGUGGGGGGCUGUAGCCUGAGACGAAGUCCUGCGUGUUCGGGAGGCUGGUUGUCCAGUGGUGUGGACUGACUGGACAGGCUAGUUGUAAUUGAGAGGACCGUGUCUGUCUGAAUGGCACAGAGGGACCCGUUGGAUUUUACUUUCCAGUGAGCUAGGGUUAAGUGAUACGUUUGGGUGCCACGGGAGGGAUUCACAGCAGAUGUAGACUCUAGCAGGCAAAGAAAUGGCCUUGUGUUCAGGUUUUCUAAGACUGGACUGGCUUUGUGAUCUGUUGUACCACAGUGCAGUUUGGCAGUUGUUUGGGUUUUUUUCUGUUUUCAUUCCCAGUUUUUGGGCAGUUGUUCUGGAUGGAUCAUCUUGUGUGAACACUGAUAAAACAAAAAUGAGACAAAAAGUUUUUGUUUUUUUGUUGUCCAAUGCAUUUCUAAAGCCCUAAGAUUUAUUUUUGGUCAAAUAAAUCAUAUGUUAAGAACCAGUUAUGGCUUAAAUGCUGUUCUAAAUGGUGCUCCAUAAUGUGUUUCUUUAUAUUUGUCUUAAAACAGAGAGGAAAAAAAACCCUGUACAGUUUUGACCAACUCUAAAGAGAGCCUAGUUUAUUGCCACCAUGUAAAGUGCAAUGUUUUUCUUUCUCUAUGCAUGUUUGCAUAGUAUUGAGUGAUCUACACUGUUUAAUGUAGCCUUGUCUGAAAGAGAGACAGGAAAGUGAACCCUCUGUCUCACUGGGCCAUAGAGUAUAACGUUGAUCUAUUUCAGUGUUGUUUUUGAAUACAUCAUCACUUAGUAAAGAAGGCCAGUGUUUUGUUUGUUUACUUUGUUUUAAAAUAAAUAUAAAAAAGUUCAUUUGUCCCCUUGUCUGGGGAGCUACUUCUGUAAUUUUUGUGACUGUCACCUGAGGCUAAUGUGUCACACUUGUGCUUUCUUUUUUUUUUUUUAGGCAAGUUUAAGUAAACAGUUCAUCAUUACUUUUUUGGUGAAACAGUGUGAACACCAGUGCUUCAGUGUUUAAGUAGCUCUUAAAGUGGAAUCAAGAAUAUCCUAAUCAUGUGGUGAUUGCCCAAGACCAUGUCUGAUUACAUUUGCGCAGAGGCUGCAAACCCAUUAGUUCUGUAUUGAUUGGGAACCCAUUUAACUUUAAUGUGUUGCGGAGGGGUGGAAUAUGGUGAUUUUGAUCAUCCCUGUUCCCUACUUCUGAGCCUGUAGUCCUCUCCCAAAGCCUAGUUUCUGUUGUAUUUGUUUUGAAGGGACCAAAUUGAAGCAAGUUAAUAAAGUAUAAGUAUCACGCUCA